AGGCCCCAAGUAAGUUUCCUAAAUUUGUUCACUCAACAGGCGACAGCGACAACGAAAAGGGCGAGUAAGUUUUAGGUUGUCUUUUAUCCGAACCUUGUAUGUAGUACCACUACCACAAGCAACCUACCUUCCUACCUACUUAGAAACUUCGAAUAGUAUGUAGAACUCCUGUUGCUAAAUACGCUUUAGCCCUACUUUGGUUGUCCCGUAAGUACAAAACUUGUUUUGUAAACUACCUUUUUGAUUAUUUUCGCGUAGACCCCACCUUCUUUAGCACUCCUUCCAUCCCCCCUCCUCCAAAAUGGGCAAGCAGCAGCACUCGAAGGAUAAGUUGUGGAUGAACCCCACGGAGUACGCGGAAUCCUGGGGCGGCUAUAUGCAUUGCAAAAAUGUCUGGGUCUCCUGGAAGAUUGCAACCUGUCAUGCUGUCUUUGGAUUCCAAAAAAAUCUGUAUUGCGUGACCAACAACAGGACGAGUCCAGUUUGUGUUACGCGGAGAGGGCAUUUCUCAUGCGUAAUAGGCAUCAGGAAACCCUCUAAAAAUCUGUGAUGCUGGGUCAUGCAUUACAUGCAUCAUGGAUCAUACAAAAUAUGCAUCACAAAUCCAGGAAUCUUCAGACAUAUUUGCAAUGCAUAGGCUACAACGUGAAACAACUCCCGUUCAAAAAACUUCCGUUGCACUGCUGCGCGCUGUCCCUGCAAAAAUUCGAGUCGCCGGUCUGCGACAGGAGCACCGGGGAUGUUUACGAGGCCGCGAAUAUAAUACCGUAUUAGGAUAGAUUUAUACAACUUGUUGCUGAUUUUAGUUUGGUUUGAUUGACCUUGACGCGCGAUAGUCAUGAAGAUGAUUGACCUUGACGCUGUUUGUAGUUUCUUCUGCAUACUGCAGGAGAUGCGAGAACAAGAUGUUCGUUGCACUUGAUCGUGGCGAAGUAGAAGGGCAGUAGUGAUUCUUUCACGAUUUUCACGAGCUACUUCGCAUUGAUUUGUACUUACCUACGAAGUGAUCAUCAAUUCGAACGCAUUCCUAUUCUUUUUCUAUCUUUUCCAGGUUCCUGAAGAAUUUCGGGGAGAAGUCCCCCGUGACGGGCAAGGCUUUGUCCAUCAGUAAUCUGGUGGCGGUCAAGUUCACGAAAAUGCCGAAGCAGGACAAGUAUGAAUUGCAAAAGCACCAUCGCACGUAGUAGUAAUCGCAUUACAAAUUAGCUCCGCAUGACAAAUGGAAUUUGUGAUGCUGUUUUACCUCGGGAUGAAAAUUUGUAUAUGCAGGAUUGCGAUUACUACGAGUGCGAUACUUUUGCACAGGAUAACAAGGACGACCUGACCACGUCCGAAUUCUGCGACGCCAUCGACACGACAAAACCGCUCCUGGAAACGGCGAAGGUCGUCCUGAACGCGCAGUCGGGGCACGUGUACCUGUUUGAAACGGUGUUCCAGCUGAACAAGAAGGCGGGGAAUUUUCACGACUUGAUCACCGAAGUAUGAGAGUGCACAACUCCCCCUCCUCCCCCACAUUUGUAUAGCAUGAACAGCAACACAAACGCCAGCACAUAUGGAGCCUACGCAUGACAAAUUGUUUGCGUGCCUAUAUGUAGUAUGUAAGUUGUACUCUUUGGGCUUCCGUAUAUUUGUCAUGCAAACAAUGCCACAAGGCAGCAACUGGAUUUGGGGUUUUGCAUGACAAAUGAGGGGGAGGGGGAGCUGUGCACUGUCAUACGCAGAGCCAUUCGACUGGAGAAAAGACAUCGUCGUGUUGCAGGAUCUAUCCUGUGCAAAAGUAUCGUACUCGUAGUAAUCGCAGUCAUGCAUUACAAAUCUUUUUCUCAGGGUAAAUUCGCAUUACAGAUUUUAUUUCUAAUGCUGAGAAAAUUUGUAAUGCAUUUAUACGAGUACGAUACUUUUUCAAUGCAUAGGACCCGCAGCAGCCGGAGUUGCGCGACGUCACGAAGUUCUGGCAUGUGAAGGAGAAGGACCGACUGGAACGGGAACUAGCGCUCGCGAUGGAAGAAAAGCAGGCUACUACGAAAGGAAUGUCUUCUUCCUCUUCUUCUUCUACUGCAAAACACCAUGCUAGUACAGCAGGCCGGAAAGACCCGAAAAAGGAGAACAAAUUUGCGACCAACACGAUUAUGGACAGCAUUCGGGAUGCGACCAAGGACAACAUCUUCGCGGAGAUAAAUGCCCGUUUCACCGGCAGUCAGAACGAGGCGGUGAAGAUAUCCUGUGUAAAAACGUCCCAACCCCAGAGUUGUCAUGCAGACGAUUGCAGGAACAUUUGUAAUGCGCAGACCCAAGAGAGGCAGUGCCAAUAGUGUUUUGGUAUUUGUAAUGCUGAAAACAGGAUGAGCAGAUGGAUUUGUGAUGCUGUUUCCGUUGCCACCCUGCACUACACUACGGACUGCACUUUGUCAUGACUGGCUUCCAAAACUUCUGGAUUUGUGUUGCUAAGUUCCCAGCUUGACUAUGGGGGUGGGGACGCUUUUACAUAUGAUAGAAGAAGAAGGAAAAAGAGGACGAGCACAAGUUCAUCAAUAUCACUUCCGAAUCCAUGAAGUCCGCGCUGGAGGCGCAGAAAAAGCGCAAACAGGAGCUGGACGUGAUAAACGACGCCAAACGACAGAAACAGGAAGAGCUUGACAAGAAGAAACGCGAGCAGGAAAAGAACCGAACGGUAAACAAGUUUUACACGUCCGGCCAGGUGUCCCGAGGGUUUACCAGUACCAUGGCACUGGCGACCACGGGCAACAACGCAAACCGGCUGAACACCGAUGAGGAGGAGCGGGAGCUCUUGUACGACCAGGUGAAAAAGCGGCAAAAGAACUGCAAGGGCUACGUGAAAAUGUCGCUCGGGUUAGUGGAUAUAAAGGAGAAAAAACUCCACGGCGCCGCGGCCCCGCAGGCACAGCCCAAGCCGCUCGGGGCCAUCAACAUAGAGCUGCACGCAGACAUCGCGCCGCACGCAGUGGACAACUUUCUCCGGCACUGCGAAUCGGGGUACUACACGGGCACGAUAUUCCACCGGCUGGUCCCUAAUUUUGUGCUCCAGGGGGGCGACCCGAGUGGUACCGGGACGGGCGGUAUCAACUGCAAAAAUGUCUGGGUCUGGAAGAAUACCAACUUGUGAUGCGCAUUUCAGAACACAGAAAAAUCUCUCAUGCAUAAGCAGCAAAAGCUGCCCACUUUCUGUCACCAAAGUGUGGGAUUUGUCAUGCGGAUUCGGCAUUGCGGAAGCUUCUCGAAACCUGUAAUGCUAGAGCUUCCAUGCCAGACCUUCUUUGUCAUGCAAAAACAGCAUGACUCUUCCAGACCCAGACAUUUUUACAUUUGAUAGGCGGGCAGUCGGCGUUUGACGACGGGAAACCGUUUAAGGACGAAAUCGACUCGCGGCUUCAAUUCCAGAAGAAAGCGUGUUUAGCCAUGGCGAAUCCUUCGGUGAAAAACGAAAACAAGUCCCAGUUUUUCUUCACGCUCUAUCCUAUGUAAAAACGUCCCCACCCCAACGUUGUAAUGCAAAUCUGCAUGCUGAAAAUAUUUCUCAUGCGGAGCCGCAUGAGCAGCACUUACUAGUCGCGUUUUGAAAUUUGUGAUGCUGGAAUCACAAUGAUAGGCUAGAUCUGUGAUGCUGCUGAACUACCUAAACAGGAUUACACUACGAGGCCAAGCUUGUCAUGCGCAGCAACCAAAGCUGGCUGAUUUGUCUAGCAGAUUUCCCAUCUUGUUGACUAUGAGGUCGGGACGUUUUUGCUCAGGAUACGCUCCGCGACGACCUGACCUCCACGCUGUUCAAAAAACACACGUGUUUCGGCCGAGUGGUCGGGAAUUUCGCGCUCUUAGAAACGCUGGGCCGGGACAUCGCCACCACCGGGAAGCUAUGACAUGUAAAUAUGUUCUUUCCUGCGUCUGGGUCCAGAAAGUUGUCAUGCUAUAACAUAGGCAUGCCAGGCAGAAGCAGAGCCAGCCAGAUUGACUGCAUUAAGGAGCCAAGCAUGAUUUUGAGAGGUUUCUGAACAGUUCUGUGGUCGUGCGUAAAAGACGCAUGACAAAUCGUGACUGUGCAACAUGUUAGAUAGAGACGCAUCCCUAGCACUCCGCAUCCUGGCUGCAUAUACAGAAUUCAAGAGUAAUAUGGAAGUGCGGCAUAAUUAGCAAGUCCUACAUCCACCCAGACCCAGAACAAACGUCUUUGCAAAAAUGCAUACACGGACGACCCGAGGCCGAACAAACCGAAGAAUUACGACAUCACGAUAACAGAAAUCGAGAUUUUUUCCAACCCCUUCGAGGACUUCUUGAAACAGGAGGAAAAGGACGCGGCGGAAAAGAAGCGGAAGGAGGAGCGGGGCCCAGAAAUUUGGUUCAACAACUCAAAUCGCGACAUCAUGAAAAACCACGCGGCGCGGGAGACGAACGAAGUGGGCAAGUAUUUGCUAUCGAACGAACUCGCGACCAAGCUUAUUGAAAGGAAAAACUCCCCCUCCCCAUAUCAAAAAUUUAUGUUUCCGAAAAUUUGGAUUGCUGAUUUGAGGUCACUACAGAUGACAUCUUUCUUGCAAGGAGACAAGGGCAGAAGCUUCGCCCCCAGUAUGGAAGCGAUUUGUCAUGCUGUUGGGCCUAAAGGCGAGCCAUUUGCCAUGCUGAACAACUAGACCGAUACGCCCCUACCUAGCCUGGGGAUCUGGCCGCAAUACCUUCCUGCAAUACAAAGCUGAUUUGUGUACACAAAUCCAGCAACAGAAGUAUCCGCUUCGAUACGAGGAGGCGGGGGGAUAUUUCCUUUCGAUAAAGCUCAUUCGGCGAAACGAACUGGAGGGGGCGACGGACUCGGUGUCCAUGCUGGAUUCCCUGCUCGAGAUCGAAAAAGCGAAGCAAAAGCUGCAGGAUGGGCAGGUGGUGACGCGUAAGGAGCUGGAGGGCAUGAGCAAAGAAGAACGGGAAGACGCAAACGCGGCCCGAAAGAGAAAACAGUACAAAGCCUUUGCGUUUGACGACUGGUGA